UAUGCGUAGACGGUUUGACAAAGAUGGUAGCAGAAUGUUAUUAAUGUUGCACACAUAUCCAAAUUGUGCCGCGUACCAUUUUUUAAAUUCACCUGCAAUGUCAGUGUGAUCGAGGCGUAACCAUUGUAACCAGACAAAUGUAUUGUUUUCAAUCAUCCACCUUUUAGGUCAGAGAGUUGAGGGUGCGGUGUGCCUGGUUACCAGCUAACAUGGCUACCUAGAGCAGCGAGGCGUUUUUUUUCUUCUCUCUCUCCAGCCUUUCAAUCUCGGGGGAGCUAUCUCGAUCAGCCAACUAGCAAUCUUUCCACAACACGGCUGUUCCAUGAAAUUAUCGCAAUGUUUUAUUUAAAUAUAGGACUAGUAUGGAUAAUCUACUUCUGUGCAGUGAACACUUUGAAGAAUGGAUAAUUACAAGAUAAUCAACAAAAUUGGAGAAGGGACAUUUUCAGAAGUGGUGAAGGCUCAAAGCCUGAAAGAUGGGAAAUAUUAUGCGUGUAAAACGAUGAAGCAGUCACUCAGCAGCCUGGAACAGGCCAACAACCUGCGAGAAGUCCAGGCCAUGAAAAGACUGAACCCUCACCCAAACAUCAUUCAGCUGCAUGAAUUGAUAUUUGACAAAGAGUCAGGGACUCUGUCCUUGAUAUGUGAGCUGAUGGAGAUGAACAUCUAUGAGUUCAUACGAGGGAGGCAGCAACCUUUGCCAGAAAGUAAAAUCAGACACUACAUGUACCAACUUUGCAAGUCACUCGAUCAUAUGCAUAGCAACGGGAUCUUUCACCGGGACGUUAAGCCAGAGAACAUUCUAAUCAAACACGACGUGCUCAAACUUGGAGACUUUGGCUCGUGCAGGAGUUUGCACUCCAAACCUCCCCACACAGAGUACAUCUCCACCCGCUGGUACAGAGCCCCAGAGUGCCUCCUCACAGACGGCUAUUACUCACACAAGAUGGACAUGUGGAGUGUAGGAUGUGUUUUCUACGAGAUCAUCAGUCUCAGCCCUCUGUUUCCGGGAAGCAACGAGUUGGAUCAGGUGACCAAGAUCCAUGAUGUUUUGGGUACACCUGACAACAGUCUCCUUCAAAAAUUCCCUCAGUCUAGGGCGAUGCGUUUUGACUUCCCUCUGCGGAAAGGCAGUGGAAUAUCUCAGCUCAUCCCAAACUGUUCGGCACCCAGUCUGUCGUUGCUCUACCAGAUGCUGACCUACGACCCAGAGGAGCGCAUUGGCGCAAGAGCGGCGCUACAGCACAUCUUUUUUAGAGAGCUACGGCUGGCGGAGAGGAGAGCUGAUAGUCUGCGCAGGGCCAUUGUGACUGUAGAGGGAGGAGAGAGCAGUGGGACCCCCAACUCUGUCGAUCACCUGCGGCGCAUGGCCAGACAGGGCAGGAGGCAGCACAACAUAAAGCACGUUGCCGAGCCUCUGAUCAGACGCAAAGCCCCACAUGUGGAAUUACCAAAGCUCAAUGUGGUAGUGCCUGCACCCCAGAUUACCUACCCUGUUAGCACAGUGCCAGUUCUCACCAUCACUCACCGUGGGUCCCUCCCAGCCAUCACAUCAAAAAAGUGCCACUCCCGGUUGGCUAAGCCAAGGGAUGAAUCCCACUGCUCUGCUUUCAAGACCUACUACAUGCCUCCUCUGGAUAGGAAACCUGGUGGCUACUGAGAGCCCCAACUCUUAAGAACUGUUGGUGUUCAACAGACCUGUUGUACCUGCUGUACAUACUCUGAUCUGAUUUUUAAAAAAUUUGGUUAGACAUCGUUGAACAAAGCUACUUAGUUACUUCAAAGCCUGCUGCUUUCUUGUGAGCAAUGCUAACAUGGUGUUGGACAAAGGAAUGUCCCAUAGCAAUAAUUACCAGGGUUAAUUUGUAUAAGUCAUCAUUCUGGCAGAUGAAAUACAACAUGAUCCACAAAGUA